CUGCGGAAGGGAUGACAAUUCUAAAAAUAUUGAUGCUCGGAUAGAUUCACGAGUAUUUUUCAAUUACGGUAGAAAAUUUUUAUAGGGCCAAGUUGAUCUCCUUCAAAAUUAAUAGGAAGGAACGGAAAGCAUCGUUAUCCUUCGCUUUCUCAUCCUUCACUUCAUCGCUCGUAUUCUUUCUCGCUCCGCUCGCGGUUCCCCACUUUUCUCGAUGUUUACACUGUUGUCGGCGUCAUCUUGUUCGUUCCUUUCAUCGCCUCUGACGGUGCGUGUUUCUUGCUUUCUUACAUCGUAAUCAGAGAAUGGCGGUGCUCAAGAGGGCGUACGCGGCCGUCAGGAUUUUGGCGGCGGAGCGCCGGAUGCUACAAUGGAAGCAGAGCUCGUCGCUCGUCAAGGAAGAUUCUGUUGCCCUAAUUGUUUGACUGUUUACCUCCAGUUAGUGCUUGCACGAUCUAACCCCAAUUUUUUUUUAUUUAUUUAAUUUUGUGCGAAAGCUGGAAUCUUUUUCCCUUCGAGAUCUGCCAUUGUUUGUUCUAAUCUAUUGCGUCCAGUGAAAUUAGUUGUUGUUAUUUGGAUUGCUACGUUUUGGUUGCAAGGAUGUUACAAGCUGCCUAACCUCCUUGUUAGCCCCCUGCAAAUAGGGUUUAUUCAUGAAAGAACUAUUCAACUGUUCUUUCUUCUGAUCCCAGAUUAACUUUUAAAAAAUUCUGAUCCAACUGCUGUUCGAGCAGUAUUCUUUGUCAUUGAUAGCAAAAUGUUCUAUUGUUGUCUGAAUAUGCCUUUUUUAUUUAUCUGAAGACUCAUAAAUCGUACACUGUCAACCGACAAAUAAGAUUACAUUGGUGUCUAUAUAUAUUCUUGAAAACACUUGUAAGUGUCAUUUGUUUACAUAGUUCAGAUUGAUUCUACACUCAAAUGCAUAUGUCUGGUCAUUUUUUAGUCUAAAUCCAGUCUCGUUUUAUAUGAAAGAUCUGAACAUAAAUUAAGAGAAUGAGACUGCAUUUCUGUAAAUUAUUGUUGUAAGAAAGUAUGCUGUUUUAUUUGUUGUUUGAUUGCAUUUUACAGCUUUUGUUCUGCUCAAGCAAAAAAGUCUUUUCGUAGCAUAUCUAGAUGCUAUUUUUGAUAAUUCAUGUCUACUAUACAUGAAAGCCGAAUGUCAAUUUAUUUAUAUUUAUAUGUCAGUUGAAGAAAACAUUGGCUUGAUGAUGGCGGUUCAACAUGGAACAAAAUAAUAAUCUCUUAGUCAGCUUUUUUGCUUGUUGCCUGAGUGCCAUGUAGUGGGUCGAUUGUCAGCCACUUGAAAACGCCUUUUGCAAUCUUGGCACAAACGUUCCCAAGGGAUCUCUCCUUCACAUUUUCGACCUUGAAAGUGUAAUGAAAGAGACAAUGAUAUAUAUUAACCAUGCGUGAUAAGGCAGAGUUCAUCAUGUCAAGGUAGAUUUAAACUCUCUGAAGGCCACAUAAUAUGCUCUAAUAAGCACUUGUUCUUUUUCAAUUAGAUGUAAUGUAAUUGUACAAAUGCAAAGUCUGUGUUCUUAUCAGUUUUCUUCUAUUGUUGAUGAAGAAUUCUAACGUAUUUUUGGUACAUUUUUGUAAAGUGUUGAUGUGUUACUAUAAUAACUUAUGCUUUGAUGAUAUAUCUGCAAACCAUUUUGUGCUUUUGACUGGCUACCCUAAGUCCUAACCAUAAUUUGCUACUGAAGUUUGAUAUGAAGCAAUAUUUUGUUGCUACCAAAAUAUUGAAGUUCAGCUCCGUGAGGCGAACCAUACAAUUCGUCGUUUAAAUUCUAAACUGCAGAAAGAUAGUUCUGAACUGGAGAAUCAGAAGAGUGAUAAAAGUGAGUCUCUACAAGGUAAAGACACAGAUGACCGCAUCAGUUCGCAGAAAAAUAACCCUGAUGAAGGUAAUAUAUCUCUGAUCUGGCAACCUGGCCUCAGUUUUGUAGCUGCGUGUUCUCUAAAUUUUAUCUUAAUAGCUACAUCGAGUCAGGAAACUGUACCUCAUAGCACCUAUGCUAAAUAUUCAAACCAAAAGGAGCCUACAAAAGAUUCGACUGCAUCUGAUGAUUCUACUGGCACUCCUGAUUUAGUGUCCUUGAUAUUGAGAAACAAGGAGCCAGAGCCUUUUAGGAAUGGUUGUACUCAGCUGAUACGUCCAUUGGAGCGAAAUGUGUUGACUGAUAGAGAUCUGCCUGCUGAAAGACAAUGCGCAGAUCUCUAAUGUAAAGCAAGAAGCUGCAAUAUGUGAGAAUGAACUAGAUGAAAAGUUUUUGGCUUGGAGACCUAAUCCUGGCAGCCGAAAUGCUAAUAGAGGUUGCAAAAUCACUUCAUUCAGAAGAAGCACACUUGAUUCAGAAGCAGCACAACAAGGAAACAAAUCCGUAAUCAACCAGAAAGGUAAGUUUUCCAGUUGCGUUCUACAAGAAGAAGAGCUAGAAAGCUCGUCACAAAAAGCUGCAGUACUUCUCAUGAAACUGAAGAUCAUGAACAACCAGACAUUAGUGAUACUAAAAUUGCUGGAAAAACUGGCAUGCCCACGUCUCAUGAAAGGCAGGGGCAAAGAAAUGCAGAUACUACAUGUUCAGAUGAGGCUUCUGUCAAAAAUAAAAUAACUUCUGUAGACAGAAAUAUGAAGUUGAAUGAGUUCCCCAAUCAUGUAAUCCCUGCAAUUUGAACACCGGCAGAAUAAUGACCAAGCGAAGUAUGAAACUGCAUAAUCUCAACAGUCCAAAUGCUGGUCAAGUAAGCAUUGAAAACGAUCAAGUUGCACUAACCACACAUGACUGUGAAGAAGGCGAUCCUUUAGAUGGAGCCAUUAAGGAGGAUGCCAUUGAGUGCGAAACAAUGUUGAAGACACCAGAUCAUACAUUAACCGGGUAUUCAGAUACUUCAGUAUUAAAAGGAAACAAUGAAAAGAUUGAUACUCCCUCCACUGAUUUUUGUUCUAAAGAUGAAGAACCUUGCAAAUCAAGUAGGCUACCUGCUGAAGUUGGAAAUGACAGAAUUGCAAAAUAUACUUUUAAAAGGACCAGAAAGAGGGUAUCUCCAGAUAACAAGAACAAAGAUGUUUAUUUAGAAGGAAAUAAGAAAUUGAGAAAAACAGAUAAAGAAAGUGCCUUGCAUGAGAAACCAGACAAGAUAAUGGAGUCAACCAGAGACAGUAGGAGGCUAGCACAAGUUGCUCGUCAGUGACAGGUGAUCUCGAGAUCAGAAUAGUUUGGCAUAUAUAGUUCUAGCUACUGAAUAGCAAAGUCGGCGAAGAAGGAUUUGUAAAGCAGAAAAAGCCAGCCCACCUUCCUUGUCACAAUCAAGGAAACAAACCAGGGAUCUACAGUUCAAGAGCUGUCAGACAAAGUUUCAAGACUUCAAAGUAUUUAAUAAGAAAGGAACCUCUUCUGGCCAAAACCCAUGCGCAUCUUGACUUUAUUGGUUUAGUUGCUUCCUUCAACAUACCGAACUACUCUUCAAAGGAUUUCCAAGCAACCAAGACAUGCAUUUGAUAAAAUAGUAGCAUCGCCAUGAAAACUUACCAUUUUGUGUAGUACACAAGUGAAAACAAUGACAAAUUUAUCAAAAUAAAAUUUACCCUGAAAGACGGUUUGGCAGUCUGAGCUUCAUUCUACUCCAGAUUUGCUUGGGAAGUGUAUCAACUAACGCUACUCUUCCGAACUUAUUUUGUGGAGCUCCAGUAAGUAUAGUUUUAAGACUUUCAGUCUCAGCUCUCCAUGCUGUUUCAAGUGAACUUUCAGAUCCAAUAGAUCCAUGCUGCCUGUGCCGAAGCAAUAGAAACAGAUUGACCAAUCAGAGCAACCCAAGGAAUAUCUGCAGUAGAGGUGGCCCUGAGACAAAAGAAGAGCUUGAACUGCUGCAAGACUUUUCUGGUCCCCAGCAGCUUGAUCAAAAGAACUACAAAACUGCAAAUAGUGAGUAUAACUAAAGCUUCAUAAAUAAGAACUACAAAACUGCAAACAAACAAGAAGAAAAGACAGGAAAAGAAAAAGGUAAAACCUGUACUAGUACGAAGUUUCAAAUAUAUCUCAUUUGCUCGGCCCUUUCCGGAACCUUGAACUCGAGCUAUGCAAAUUGUGAU